AUGGAUAGUGAUAUAUGUUUGGAAAAUUAUCGCAAAAUAAAGAUUGUGGGAAAAGGUGCUUUUGGUACUGCGACUUUGUAUGAAAAGCCUAACAAAAAAUUGGUAGUAGUGAAGGAAAUACUAUUAUGUGAAUUAGAAGCUCAGGAGCAUGCAAAUGCUUUAAAUGAAGUACAAAUAUUAGCAGCUAUGAAUCAUCCCAAUAUAAUUAGCUACUAUAAUAGUCAAAAACUUGAUGAUGUAUUGUUAAUUGAAAUGGAAUAUGCUAACGGAGGCACCUUGUCCCAAAUGCUUCUACAACAAAACAGCAGAUUACCCGAGAGAACAAUUUUGCAUUUGCUUUCUCAGAUUACAAGUGCAUUAUUGUAUAUGCAUGCAAAUUCAAUUUUACAUAGAGAUUUAAAGUCUGCCAAUAUUUUUCUUAAUAAAGAUGGAACGGUGAAAGUGGGAGAUUUUGGAAUAUCAAAAUUAAUGCUCACUAAAGCUUAUGCGCAAACUGUACUUGGUACGCCUUACUACAUGAGCCCAGAAAUGUUGCAAGCAGAGCCGGCAAUUGAUGAAGAUACAGAACCUGUUGUAUCCAAACAGCUAACAUCAAAAAUCAUGUCGAGCGCUUUUUCAUAUUUUGAACAAGGUAUAAACAUCUUCCUUGAAAACGAUCCUGACAUCGAACGUAGCGUUAAUGUGUCUCGAGGAAUUAACUCAGCCAUUAACUGUUAUAAAUCACUAAAGGAAGAAAUAGACAAGAAGGCUAAACAAACAACUUUAGGCAAAUUUUUGAAACCACCACCGCAAAAUGAUGGUGACAGUGAUCUGUAG